AUGGUCAUCGAUUCAAGCUCUCAUCGUAAGGUCGGCCAAGAAAAAGUCGAGCUCGUCUCAGUCUGUCCGAUUGGUUAUGGUUUGAUGCGCCUGACUUGGGGGCCCAAAGAGACACCAGAUGAGAAAGCCUUUAAAACGAUACUCACUUUUCUUAAUGGCGGAGGAAAGUUCAUCGACUCUGGGGAGUUUUACGGAAAUGGACCCGAUCGCUUACAUUCCAACCUCCAAUUACUCGCAAGAUUCUUCGAUGUUUACCCUGAAUGGAUCGAGGAGGGAAAGUGUUUCUUGAGUGUCAAAGGUGGUAUUAACUUGGAUGGAGGCGAAUUGAACGAUCCAGAUGGCUCAAUGGAGGCUCUCAGGAGAAGCGUCGACAACAUCAAUGAACAACUUGGAGGAAAGAAAAAGAUGGACUUGUUUCAGAUGGCCAGAGUGGAUAAGAACGUACCGAUCGAGGAUGUCAUGAAGAGCUACAAGACUCUAAUCAACGAAGGGAAAUUCAAGCAUGUCGGAUUAUCUGAAGUGUCUGCCGAAACGAUCCGUCGAGCGCAAGCCGUUCACCCAAUCUCUGCUGUCGAGGUUGAAUAUUCUCCGUGGCUGUUGGAUAUUGAGCACAAUGGAAUCCUGGCGACCUGUGAAAAGCUUCGAAUCCCCAUUGUGGCCUACAGCCCCUUAGGCCUUGGUAUGCUGACAGGGAAGAUAAAAUCACUCGACGAUCUCGACCCGAACGACAUGCGACGUCACUUCGAUCGAUUUUUGCCAGAAAACUUCCAUCACAACUUACAGUUGACCGACAAAUUUACGUCGUUGGCUCAGAAGAAGAAGUGCACUCCUGUUCAACUUGUACUGGCUUGGUUACUGAUGCAAUCCGAAUUGAUCAUCCCGAUUCCUGGUUCAACUCGCGCCGAAGGGGUUGAAGAAUGUCUAGAAAGUUUACAAGUCAAACUUUCUGAAGAUGAGGUCAAGGAAAUACGAGACGUGGUCGACAAGGCGGAUAUCAAAGGUUUACGUUACGGUAAAAUGCAACGACCCGCAUUGAAUGGCUGA